GCUGUGUUCUUGUUGUACAUGCUGUGCUCUUGUUGUACAUGCUGUGCUCUUGUUGUACAUGCUGUGCUCUUGUUGUACAGGCUGUGCUCUUGUUGUACAGGCUGUGCUCUUGUUGUACAUGCUGUGCUCUUUUUACUUUGGAUGGGGUAGGUGCAGACGGUGUGUCACUCAGAAUAAUUCCAGCUGCAGAUGGCUUUUCGUUCAUCCGUCUAGUCCGUGGGGACAGUGACUGUGCGGGGCGCGUGGAGCUGUUCCAGGGGAAUCAGUGGGGGACAGUGUGUGACAAAGGCUGGGACCUGACAGAUGCUGACGUGUUGUGCAAGGAGCUGGACUGUGGGCUGGCUGAUAAAGCCGUCCGUGGGGCUGCGUUUGGAAGGGGCACCGGAGAGAUCUGGCUGAGGCACGUCAACUGUUCGGGCCAAGAGACGAGCCUGACGCAAUGUCCCAGGGUCGUCAACGGGAACCCCACCUGCACCCAUGAUAAUGACGCUGGGGUGAAAUGUUCAGGUACACUGUUGAUGCCCACCCUGUCCCUGCUCUCCCCUCACACCGUCUUAUCUCCCGGGGAGGCAGUUCGCUUCAGCUGUACUGUGCUACUGGGCCACCACCUGAAUGACUUCCACCUGUAUAAGAGAGGCAUAGCCACCCCGUUGAGGACUCAGCAGGUGGCCUUUGCCCAGUCCAGGGUGGAGUUUACUCCGUCAAACCAGAAGACUCAACAGGGCAGCUAUAGCUGUCUGUACAGGAUCAAGGGUAUCCCUCCCUCCUCCUCCAUGCUUAGCUCUCCACCCAGCAACUCUAUCAACAUCACUGUGGUGGAGCUGCUCACCCCUCGGCACUGGUACAACACGUCCACCGAGGCUCCCACAGGCUUUGUCAUCAAAGGCCACAGCUUCAACAUCACCUGCUUCACUGAGAAGCAGUAUCCUGGAGGUUCCUUCCAGCUGCGUCUGAUCCGUUCCAACGACACGGUACGCCAGUCGCUGCCCGCCCUCACUCCCGCUGUCACCUUCAGCUUCUCAAACGCACAGCUCUCCAACGAGGGCUACUAUUACUGCCUCUAUAUGGUCCAGCUUGACGGGAGAAUCUUCGUGUCCCGGGAGAGCCAACCGCUUCAUGUCUCCAUCAGAGACCCAGACCCAGUGUUGAGCCUUAUGGUGAUCAGCUGGCUAGCUUCUGCUCUGGCCUUCCUCGUGGCUCUCGUCGUCGUCGUCAUCAUCAUCAUCAUCGUUGCCAGAGUCGAGCUCUGCAAGAAACAGGAGAACCCCUUGGCGCUAGAGCUAGAGACCAGAACCUGUGUGGACAACACGUACGUUGCCUUGGAUGAUGAGCUGGGCAGAUGUAUUGGAUAAAGAGAAGGACCAUGUGUUUGUGAGAGAACCAUCAAGAUGGAACCCACAAUGCAGACAUUCCUGAGCUUGACAAUCUUCCUCAGGGAUGGGUCACAGACAGAGAUAGUGACACAAGACGAGUACCAAAGCACUACGUAGGAGCCAUACACACGACAUCUACUAGAACCUGGUAGAAUCCUGCAUUAGAACAUGACAACAAUACUUGUAGGUAGAUAUGUUAAGCCAUCAUACAUAUACCAGGCACACUGUAAUGAACACUACAAUCAACUAACUAUAAAAGGACAAUGACUACAAUGACCCUAUGGGACACUUUGGCUUUUCUAGGCCAGUUCUCAUGACAAAAAAAUCAGGUACAACUGACGAGACUGGACAUGAAUUCGACUGAGCACUAAGUUCCAAAGCCAAUGAUUUUAAUUGUUAAAUGAUGGUUGAAUAAGACUGACGGUCAGUUAAACUUUUUCACUGUUGACGUCAACAAGGGAACAGCGGACACUUGUUGGACUGAAGAUUGAUUCUAGCUGA